UGACUGCGUCUGUCUUCCAGGUACCAGAGUAGCCUCAGCCCAAAAUCUGCGAAUUCUGCUGCAGAGCUGUAUAAGUCUGUCAUGCUGCUGUUGCCAUUCUUCCACACGUACGGCCACGGAAUGGUUGUCACGACCUUGUUUCACGGGGGCUCGGUAGUCGUUCUACAGAAAUUCUCACCAAAGAGCUUCUUUGAAACCAUCGAAAAGUUUAAGGUGACGUGGGCCCCCAUCGUGCCAUACAUCGCAAACUUCCUGAUAGACACGCCCCUCAUGAAACAGUAUGACAUCUCUUCCCUCGUGGGCUUCACCACCGCCGCCGCCCCGAUUUCCGGCGCUGCUCUCACCUCCCUCAUGAAAAAGGGUUUUACAACCCUUUGGAGACUAAAAUGUAAGAUUGUAAGGCUAAAAAUGAAAAAUAAGAUCAGGGGAUAA